ACUGACAGCGAAUACAACCAAUAGGAGUAAAGUCAGGGUUCAGGGUCCAGAGGAGUUCUGUAGUGGAAGAUGAGGGUGCUGGAGAUAAGCAGGGUCCUGCGUGUGUCAGUUGUUAAGAAGUGGUGUGUGUGGGAGAGGGUAUGUUUCUCCACGCAAGCCAAUGUAGAAUGCAUAGCGCCUCUGUUCCAAACUGUGCAAGAAACUCCCCAGCCAAUUCCAGCCAAGAUCAGAGGUGCCGUCCCAAAAUGGAUCCAAGGCAGUCUUCUACGUAACGGACCUGGCAGAUUCGAAUUCGGAAAUGACAAGUACAAUCACUGGUUUGAUGGCAUGGCUUUAAUGCACAACUUCCACAUUGAAAAUGGCUCCGUCACCUACAUGAGCAAAUUUCUGGAAAGUGACGCCUAUAUAAAGAAUAAGAAGGAGAACCGGAUUGUAUGCUCAGAGUUUGGUACUUUGGCAGCUCCAGACCCCUGCAUGUCUAUAUACGAUCGCAUGAAAUCCAGAUUUGAUUUUAAAAAAGUAUCCACUGACAACUGUAGUGUAAACUAUGUGAUUUAUAAAGGGGAUUAUUAUGUCAGCACUGAGACCAAUUUCAUGCGAAAAGUGGAUCCAGCAAGUCUAAAAACACUGGACAAGGUGGACUGGAGCAAUUUCAUUGCCGUAAAUGGUGCUACAGCACACCCUCAUUAUGACCCUGAUGGGACUGUGUACAAUAUGGGAAAUUCUUAUGGGAAAGAAGGUACACGGUACAAUAUAAUUAGAGUUCCCCCUCAGAAGUCCAGCUCGGGAGAAACUCUGGAUGGAGCACAAGUCAUAUGUUCCAUAAAUCCAGAGGAGAAAAUGAAACCUGCCUAUUAUCACAGCUUUGGAAUGAGUGAGAAUUAUGUGGUGUUUGUGGAACAGCCUCUGAGAUUGAACAUUAUAAAGUUAUUGAUUAACCAAAUUAGAGGAAAAUCCUUUGCUGGGAUCAUGAGCUGGGAGCCUGAGCUUGACACGAUUUUCCACGUUAUUAAUAAACACACAGGAAAGAAGCACCCUGUGAAUUUUCACACCAAAGCAUUUUCAACCUUCCAUCAAAUUAAUGCCUUCGAAGACCAAGGCUGCAUAGUGCUUGAUCUCUGCUGCCAGGACAACGGAGAAGCAGUGGGAAUCUUUGAGCUGCAGAAUCUGCGCAAAUCUGGAGAAGCAUUGAAUGAGGUGUAUAAGAGUGUGGCUAAGGCUUACCCACGCAGAUUUGUCAUCCCUCUGGACACCAGUGCCAAAGGAGACCUUACCCAACCCCUAAACUACUCUACCGCUACCGCUGAAAAGAAAGCCGAUGGAAAGGUGUGGUGUACCCAUGAAAAUCUCCAUGACCAUACGUUGGACUCAAGUGGAAUUGAAUUUCCUCAGAUAAAUUAUGCCAAAUAUAACACAAAAAAAUACCAGUUCUUUUAUGGCUGUGGCUUCCAGCACCUGGUUGGGGAUUCUUUGAUUAAAGUCGACGUGGAGACAAAGAAAGCAAAGGUAUGGAAAGAAGAUGGAUUUUACCCUUCAGAACCAAUAUUUGUGCCUUCCCCAGAUUCUGUAGAAGAGGAUGAUGGAGUCCUACUGUCUGCUGUCCUUACACCUCAUCAGGAUAAAAGUACUUUCCUUCUAAUCUUGAAUGCAAAAGACUUCACAGAAAUUGCCAGAGCGGAAGUUCCUUUGCAGAUUCCUUAUGGUUUUCAUGGUAUCUUUGUACCUCAAAGAAACUGAAUGUGAAGAUAUGAAGACUGCCUUAUGAUUACAUAGCACUUUUAAUUACAACUGUGAAGAACAUAAGUAAAUAAUGUAUAUUAACCAAAUACAGGCUUUUAUAACAUUGGAAUACAAAGUUGUAUUGUGUACUUACUGUCACUAAAAUUGCAUAGAAAAUCAACUAGUUGAAAUGG